AUGAGCCAAGAAAAUGGAAGCUCGAGCGCUUCAACAAAUCAAACUGAUACAUUAUUUGCAAAGAUGAUAUACGCGCGCUGUGAGCUGGGAUCUGCUUUUACAUUGGCCAUCUUGAGCCCGGUCACAGUAUUGGCAAAUAUCUUACUGAUCACGGCCAUAUUCAAAGACCCGCUGAAAUACUUCAAGAAACCAACAAGCUAUUUUGUCCUUGGUUUGUCCGUAGCCGAUCUUCUCUGUGGUCUAUUUGUGGAACCGUUUUUCGCCAUGUAUUUUCUCGGACGCUAUUUUCUAGCCAGUGAGGAAUUCCAGGCCAUUUCACAGACGCUGUUUCUGGUUGGCUCAGUGAUAUCAACAGCAUCGCUGAACGCCUCUUUCGUUAUGGUGCUGAUGCUCUCUUUAGUCCAACUUAUCGCUAUAGAGUGCCCCUACCGAUACAAAACCUGGGUAACAAAGAAAACCGUAAUAUCUUGCGUUUUAGUAACAUGGUUAUAUUUCACGGUGUAUAGCUUCCUCCCCAUUCUAGGCCUUGAUCAGAUUGUCUUUUUCAAACUCAACUUAACUCUACAUUCAACGCUAAUAUCAGUGAUCUUGGCGUUCGUUCAGAUAUGUAUGUACAGGGCAUUCAGAGGACGUUUACAGCAUCAAAUCACCACCAACAGAAGUCUGUCUCGUUACGAUUCAACCAACUCUCCACACCGCAGUACCGGUAACAAAAAGCCUGUUCGUUACCGAACGUUUGACCGGAAUUUUAUAAUCAUGACGUUUUAUCUUGCCGCGAUAUUGCUUUUCGCAGCGUUUCCUCAUAUCGGAGUAUUUUAUUUCUUUCUAUAUGCAGAGACAACCAGCAUACAAGAAGAACUAAGUUUGAAUAUUUUGUUGAGAACAACCGACCUUUUACUUUUUACCAAAGUAGCCGCUGACGCGUUUAUUUUUGCAUGGAGACUCCCAAGUUACAGAAAGUCUUUAGAAUACUUAAUUAGAGGAAAACAUUAUGAAGUAGAAACAGGGGUGUAG